AUGCACCAAAACAUGCAGAAGGAGCACGCAGCAGCGCUGGAGAACAACUAUGUCAUGCUCAAUGAAGUAUGGGAGCCCCUAGUCGAGAGCAAGACCACAGAGGACCUCGGUGCAGAGCCUGAACUGGUCCACAAGCUCCUCAAUUGGUUUUGGAUCUGGCAAUAUCCUCUGCACAACUACCUUUAUAGGCCAUGCUUCAUUAUGGACAUGGCUCUUGGUGGACCCUACUAUUCAAAAUUCCUGCUCCAUUGCAUCCUUGCCCUAUCAGCCCGGCAUCUAGAAACAGAGUCCCCGGACAACGAAGUCGCUCAGAAAGGAGAAUCGUUCCUGUCAUCAGCGAAAGAGCUUUUGAUGCAUGAGCUUGGGGCUACCAAGCCCAAAAUCCCAACCAUUCAAGGCUUGUUGGUCCUCAGUGGCCGCCAGUGUGCGGUCGGCAAAACGUCUGAAGGCUGGUUAUACCUGGGUAUGGCUAUUCGCAUGAUGACGGACCUCGGUUUGCAUCUGAACUUUCAGGAACUCAUGCAUCUUGAGAAACUGACACCCGUCGAGCUCGAAGUCCGCAAGAGGCUUUAUUGCUCAGCAUAUAUCUGGGACAAGUCGAUGAGUUUGUCACUUGGACGUCCACCUGCACUCUCAAAGUUGCCGUCUUCAGCGCUAGAGUUCCUGGAUCACGCUGAUGAUCAAUACCUUUGGCUGCCUCCAGACUAUCCGGACUAUCCAAAUACGGACACCUACCAGACAACCUGUUUCCAAUUCUUCUGCCGGCUCGGCACGAUCAUCGAGCUUAUUAUGCUCCCUUUCCCAAGUCGACCAUCCGCUGUGGCCCUCAAGGAAAGGCAGUCGAGAAUCGAAAACAAGCUACGCCUUUGGCUUGACGAUCUUCCGACUGGGUUGAAAAUGGCUACCGACUGCGAAGUCUGUCCGCCGCCGCAUAUCCUGUCGCUAAACCUGCUCUACCACUCUUUGCACAUCAUACUUUGGAGACCAUAUCUCGACAGGCCCGAGACUGCAUCGCAUGCCACUAAUGUCUGCAUUAAUAGUGCUCAGACAGUGCAUGACAUGUUCAUCGUCUAUGGAAGAACUUUUCACUGGAAGAAGAUGUCAUAUCUUGUGAGCUACUGUGUGUACACCGCUGCCACUGUCCAGGUGCACGAGAUGAGAUCUACUGAUAUGCGACGGCGUCAGGACGCGACGAAGCGUCUUGCAAUGCUACUGCAAAUCCUGGAGAGCGAGUUGCGACAGACGCCUGGUAUUCGUCGUAGCAUUGACAUCAUCAAGCGGCAGUUGAGGUCUUGGACGCCGAAUCGAGCCCCGAACGCAUCGACUGCCGAUGAUGCGACAAUUGCCCCUGGAGAAGAGACUACCCGCCAAGGCAAAUCAUCCCUACCGCUUGGUGACCAAACGUUGCAAGCCCCGUCCAAUGCUGCGCUGGUUCCAAAUACGGAGGGACCGAAUGAGCAGCUUCUACCUCAGCCACAGGUCGACAGCACCAACGCAUGGGCCGUACAGUACGAUCAAAUGAGCGACGUCGCGAGUAAUGAUUUUGGAUUCGGCUUUGUGGAUACCAGCGCCGGCUUCUAUCUUCCGUGGUCGAUGGAUGAUGCCCCCAGCUUCAACUUCUUUGGCACUCAAACCUUUGACACGACUUUCUGA